GAGACCUCUAAGCAAGAAAGGUUGUCCGCUACACCAGUGAUAGAAUGGGCUCGGAGAUAGAGAUGGCAUCAGCCUUUGAAGAUCUCCUCCGCCAGAGCGGCGUGGACGUCCUCCGCCCCUGUGACCCGGGGUACACUCUUCGCCAAAAAAGCUAUUUCUCCACCACGGCUGCCGAGCUCCAUCCGUCUUACAUUCUCCGGCCGCAUUCCGCUUCCGAGGUCUCCAAAUUGAUUCAUAUCCUCGUCUCAGGCCGCCAUGUCUUCGCCCUCCGCAGUGGAGGACAUGGCACCAGCCUUGGCGCCAAUAACAUUGAAGGGGGAGUCACUCUCGACAUGGGGCUGUUGGACUGGACGAGAGUUGUGGAAAGUAGCCAGAGCACUGACGGAGAAGAAAUUGCUGCGUUGGUCGACAUCGGGCCCGGUGCCCGCUGGCGGGACGUGUAUUCCGCACUGGAUAAGCACGGGCUGAUGGUUGCCGGGGGGCGGGAGGGCUCGGUUGGUGUCGGGGGAUUAUUGCUCGGGGGAGGCAUUUCGUUCCUUUCGGGCACUCGCGGAUUUGCAUGCGACAACGUGUCCGCCUUCGAGGUAGUGCUCGCCGACGGUCGCAUCGUCCAAGCAUCAAAGAACACCAAUGCCGAUCUGUUCUGGGCCUUGAAAGGUGGCGGAAACAACUUCGGCGUCGUGACCAAUAUUCGCAUGCAAGCAGUGAAGAGCCGACCCGUCUGGGGCGGCCUCACCAUGAUGUCGCCAGAGACUAUUCCCCAGGCUGCUGAGGCGCUAGUCGAUUUCACGAGCCGUGUGCACGAGGACCCGGACAGCAGCUUGAUGUGCAUGGUUGAGUACCGACCAGAGUCGAGACAGGUCGCCCUCCGAGCAUACUUGGUUCAAACCGCUGGAGUGGAGAACGCGCCUGCAUACUCCAAAUGGCUACAACUACCAUCGACCCACCAGUUCUUUGCGAGAUACUCCUUUGCUCAAGCUUCGGGGAACAGAUCUAUGCCGGAUGGGUACCACAAUGUCUGGUUUACCGCUACGUUCAAAAACGACGCUCGUAUCGUCUCGAAAGCGGCCUCUCUGCACCAGGACCUGGUGAAUACGCUCAAGACAUCUAUCGUGCCGGAUGGUGACUUCGUCUCACUCUGUCUAUUGCAGCCACUUCCAAAGACAGUUACCAGGCACGGUGAUCACCCAAUGGGGCUCUCAAAUCAAAAUGAGGACGGUCUCCUCGUAAUGACGACGGUUAUGGUACGUACCGCUCAGCAAAAAGCAGCAGCACACCCAAAAUGCAAGGACUUCUUCAUCAACUUGAGGGAAUUUGCUCGAUCUACCGAUGACGACCUGAACCUAAGCUGGGAGUACCUCAACUAUGCCGACGAGACUCAGGAUCCUCUUGGAACCUAUGGUGCUGAGAAUGUGAAGAAGUUGAGGGAAAUUGCCCAAAGGUAUGACCCAGGGGAGGUCUUUCAAAAGCUAUGCCGGGGCGGAUUUAAACUCGGCCCGAGUUCGACGUGA